AUGAGCAAGGCGGGCGCGACGGAGGCCGCGGCCACGGCGGCUGCGGAGCCCGGGCGCCCUGGCGCUGCGCCGGUGCCCGGGUUCCUGGCCAAGCUGUGGGCCCUCGUGGAGGAUUCUGGGAGCGACGACGUGAUCGCGUGGGGCCGGAAUGGUCAGAACUUUUGCAUUCUGGAUGAGCAAAGAUUUGCGAAAGAGCUGCUCCCCAAAUACUUCAAACACAACAACUUGUCCAGCUUCAUUCGUCAGCUCAACAUCUACGGCUUCAGGAAGGUGAUUGCCCUGGAGAAUGGCAUGAUGACCUCCGACAAGAACUCUGCCAUUGAGUUUCAGCACCCGUUUUUCAAGCGAGGGAAAGCCAACUUGUUGGGAAACAUAAAACGGAAGGUCUCUGCAGUGAGAGCCGAAGAUCUGAAGCUCUGCCCAGAGAGCUUGCACAAAGUGCUCUCCGAAGUCCAGGAAAUGAGAGAACAGCAAAACAACAUGGACAUCAAGCUGGCGAGUAUGAAAAGGGAAAACAAGGCUCUCUGGAAGGAAGUGGCGUACCUGCGGCAGAAGCACAGUCAGCAGCAGCGGCUGCUGUCCAAGAUUCUUGAAUUUAUACUGGGCUUGAUGAGAGGAAAGUGCAUUCUAGAACUCAAAAGGAAAAGACCUUUGGCUGAUUCCUCCAGUGCCCCGCCUUCGAAGUACAGCCGUCCAUUUGUCCGCAUUCCUGUGCAGGAUUGUGAAGCGGCGGCCAUUUCGGAGCACAGUCCAGACUGCGAAGACUCCAUUAUAAUUCGUGACAUCACGGAUGCUCAGGAAGAGGAGGAGGAAGAGGAGGAGGAAGAGGAUGGUGGCACAGAGAAGCUGCUGGCCCUAGUGCACACGAGUAAUGGGAAUCGGGAGGCCCAGGCACCUGCAGGAGAAACUGCUGCUCCCUGCGGAGUGCUGUGGACGCCUGACGCGAAGUUGUCGGAAGGCGCCCGCCCCGUCCAGCUCAGGGAUGCCUCCUGCACGGCGAACGCUGUGGAGCUGCAUCCUGCCCAAGGCGGCGCUGCCGAAGACCCUGCCGCUGUGAUAGACUCCAUCCUGAGCGAGAACCAGACCGUGGCGCAGAGUGAUUCCUUGCUUGAGAGGGCAGAGAUCCAAGACUUCUUGAACUGUAUCGAUGCGAGCCUGGAGGAGCUCCAAGCAAUGCUGUCUGGAAAGAAAUUUAAUUAUGCCGCAGACACGCUUACCGAAGCCUUCAGCCCUGAGCUCCCUGCAACAGAGAUGAACCUGUCGGAUGUCCCUCCCAGCUUGGAAAAUGAUGUUAUGGAUUCUGCUAGUUGGAGUAAAACUCUGGCAGCUUCUGUCAGCGACGUUGGCGUUGCAGAGGAUCUGCCAGAAAGCUUAGGCUCCGCUGGGAUGAACGAGCAGGAAGCAUUGGAGAAGAACGACAUGCAGCUGAUCCAGUACAGAGGGAACCCUUUAAUUUCCCUCUUCGAAGAGCCGCCUGCCAGCGACGUCACGGGCAAGACGGAAGAUGCCAAAGACACACUCCUGGUUUCGUUGGAGAACAGGCCUUCCCCGCCUCUCCCUUUGAGCAGUGAGUUGCCUCAGCAGGUCUUGGACUCAGAAAACCAGGGCGAAGGCUCCCUUCCUUUCGAGCCCCUGGAUCAGCCUCUCCUCUCAGAAGACACAAACGGGGACUAUAAACUUUUCCCCCUCCUGCUUCUCAGUCCUGUUGCAAAUUUCAUAGAAGAGGCCUCGGAAAUAGACACAUCGUAAACCGCAUGAAAAGAAAGACCUGCGGGACACAGCUUCCUUGCUGAGAAAGGCUCUGAAGGGAGGGCUGAUGUCCUUUCUCUCUCUCUCGGCAGUCCAGUAUCCUCCGUGGACAGAGAAAGCUCGCUUUUACCAAAACUUUGCAAUUUGACGGAGGCAGCUGCACAGCCAGCUUUGCUGCACUGAUUUUUUUUUUUUUAAAGGCAGAAAAGAGCAAAUUUUUCUCUGCUUUUAAAUUAUUUUAUACACAGAUAUUCUAUUAAUGGGGCGACUGUUUUAACUGCGUGUAAAGUUUGCAUAGGAAUAUAUUGGUUUUUAAGCUACCUAGUCUCAUGACAUCCAGUACUGCAAAACCACAUUUAUUUUCUUCUGAAAUUUUGCUUUAGAAGUGGUUCGCAGUCUGUUGGAAUUUGUUUGUUUGUUUUUUAUAUCAAAUGCAUUUUCCUUCCUUUUCUUGCUACAGGCAUCACUGCUACGGUUUUGUCCUUGGUUACAUUAUACUUUAUGGAUUUUAUUUAUGUAUAUGUAUGUUAUCUUAGAUUUGCCUCUAGAUAUCAAUAUAAGCAAUUUCUGUUUCCUAUGGAAAACAAUAUAUUUUUAACUCGCCUACUUAAAGUGAAAUUGCCGUGGGUUCACAAUGUUGGUUAUUAGAUACGUUGCAAACAAAGCUGGUUUCCAUGCAUGCCAGACUUCUCCGCCCUUGUAUGCUUUCCACAAAUCACGGAUCCUUUACAUUGGCAGUGAGACCCAAGAGAAGCAAAACCAAAUGUUGCCUUGGCAUUUCAAUUUGCCCUUCUUACGAGUCUUGGACCAAAGGCUUAAGGAGUCCGCUGACGUGUCUCUGCUCAGUAUCUCCUGGACGUGCACUUCUGAAGGCCAUUAUGUAGUGCUUGGUCGCUCUCUGACUUCAUAUUCAGAGGGCUGCAAAUCAGGGCUGUAACCCAUUUGGCACGUUGCCCUCUUAAUUGGAUGCCUUCCUCAUAGAGUUCGGUCACCUUCCCCAAACUCUGCAUGGCAGGCAAAGCCCGGUGCUGCUGUUGGCAGGACCAGACCCUCUCUGCUGUGUGCCAGAGGGGAGCUCAACCCACAGUCUUUCAAGUGCGCACCAGGAACAUGUUGAUGAGGAACAGCAGGGGGGAAACCGACCUACUGAUGCCCUGCACCGCGCACAGCAAUUCUGAGGUCUUGCAAUACGGCCUUCCGAAUAAAAAGGGGGGGUUGUUGUCGGUACUUUACUUCAGGUGCCAGAAAACCGGCUUUCUGGCCUUGAGUCAGCUUAGCUCAGAUUUGUUGUAGGCCCAUUGAAAAGCUGAGGUGCUGCAAAACAAGCUGCGGUCGUGGUUUUAGUCCAGGACUUCGUGUUUGAUCAUAGUUCUCUCUCCAGCUUGCAGAGACCACUUCUGCUCUUUUACUAUUCCCUUUUCUCCCUUGGGGGGGGGGGGGAGUCAUAUAAAAUCCUGCUGGUACUUCUCUUUGUGGACAUUUGCAUGUCAACUCCUGCUGAACUACAGCACUCAUCCUAGAUUCGGAUUUCUUCCAUUCGUGUAUGUUUUGUUUAGUCGAAUUAAUUCCAACUUAAGCAUUUCAUGUCGACAGGCAAAAAUAUCCCGCCACUGUUUUUUUUUUCUUUGUAAAGUGUCAAAUUCUGCAACCACUUGUCAUGGACAUAAUCCAGAUGCGAACAGGAGGAACUUGCCCAAGCAAUUAAAUUCCAGGCUUAUCUGUCCA